AAUUAGACAAUUUGCUCGCAUCAUUACACAUUAUAAUAUUGCUCAACAAUUUAAUCUGUGCAGCCAAACAGCAUGUUAAUAAUUUUCGUGUAAAAGGCUAAGAGCCUGAAAAAUUCAAAAACCUUGAGGAGGGAAUAUCAUGGGAAUCGAUGAUAAAGUGGACCCUGUCCAACGUAGCCGUUGUAGCCCCCAACGGCCAUCUUCUCACCUUGCUGAAUAAAUUCAAAAUCUCUCCCCCUUCCUUGCCUGCAUAGCAAGCAAAUCGAAGCAAACCAAACGACGAAGACUCACUCUCAAAAAAUGGCUUCCUCCAAAUCUAAUCUUAGAAACUCAUGUUCUUUUCCAAAUCUAGUCCUUUCCUGCUUGAACUUCACUCUCUUCAUCCUCUCCUCAGCCUCGGUACCGCCUGUUGUUCUCCUCCGAAUGCCUCCAACUUCAAUGGGCAUGGCAUUUCUCAUGGUCUCUUGCAUCUCUCUUCUCUCCUCCUUUAUUGGUUUCUACUCUCAGCUUACCCACAUCUGCUUCAUAACCCAUGUUUCACUCCUCCUCGCAUCGUUGAUCGGACAGUUGCUCAGCAUAUUAGCCCUGUUCACCAAAGAGAGCUCGACCUUAUCGUUGAUCAAGUCGACCCGGAACCCCAAAGAAGCGAAGCUCUUGGUGAGGUUGGAAUGUGGGAUUUUGAUGGCGCUGUUUCUACUGCAGGUGGUGGUAUUGGUGUUGAGCUGCGCCGUACAGCACUGUUGGGUGAAAGAGUAUGAAGGUUUGGAAGUGGAGAGAGAGGCAACGUUGAAGAAGAGGAGCAGGAGGAUUUCGAGGGUUCAGGAAGAGUCCAUGGCGAAUGCCGCGAAAAUUGCAGAGAUUAAGGCGAAGGAGUUGGAUGAGAAAAUGAAGGGCAAGUAUGGGCAGUGGGUGAAAACAGAUUUUGAAGGUUGAGAGUUUGUGAGCUGUGUGUGUCAUAUAUAAUAGCUGGCUAGCUAUAGAAAAUAUGUGCGCUUUGUUUGUUAUUUGUUCUUUGUUCUUUGUUGGGUUGGGGUCACUGUGGGUGUGGCCAAAUUCCCCAUUAGCUUUAUAACGUGAUGUGUUUUGUAAUAUAAAAGGAGAGUGAUUAUCCGUUUACUGCUACAUGUAUUGUAUUUUAUAUGCCUCUGCCUAAUCAAGAGUUGGAUUCAUUCACCCAA